GCGCAGCGGCGGUGCAGUGACGCUCGGCGAUUGGGUGAGCGAAGAGCUAAAGUGUAUUAUACAGCUAAAAAGACAAGACGCCGAUAACAAAAACAACAGCUGCGGCCGCAUGAGGCCAACUAGGGAUACACUCGCACUUUUCGGGUUCACGCUAUAAAGAUUUCGGAUGUCACGAUGGCUGCACACUUCACUAUUUCCGACAGCGAGUCAGAGACAUCGGAGGAGGUAGAGGAAGGAAAAAAUAAGCAACCACCAACUGUGCAAGAGCAGCCGCUUUCUCAACGCCACUUCCUCACACUACCUGAGCUCAGAAUUGCAGCGACCGGUCGAAUCAGGCUGAACUCUGAGUCCCACGCUUCCACUGUCUCCAGAGACGAGGAGCUCCAGGCUAAAGGGGAAGACGAGGCUGGUACACCCACUGACGGAGCUCCAUUCAGGGGACGGUCCAAGUCCGCUCCCCCUGCUUUGUGGGCAGCCAAGAAAUACGGCCGGCAGCUCCGAAGGAUGAGCGACGAGUUUGACAGCCUGCUAGACAAAGGGGAAAUGAGGAGGGUGAGGAGUGCUGGGACGACCAAACAGAUGCACCACUCUAAAAGCUGGUGGAGCUACCUCUUCAGUCACCAGGAGACCGAGGGAGAGAACAACCACCACGACACCCACACACACCGCACUGAAUAGGGACUGGGAGAGGAAAUAAAGAGUGACCCAAGGUUUGAGGAAUCGCUGGGAAUGAGAAGAAUGCAAUGGGGAAGCCAAGAGAACCGUUGUGUUGAGAACAACAUGAUCUGAUCUGAGAAGGGACGGAAGAAAGGUUGGUUUAAACAAAAAGAGAAAGAGAGCCAAACACAAAGGCAUGGCUAAGUGGAUGGCUAGGUGUUCCAUCCUAGUCACGUCAUUUUUAUACGCCAUUGGUAACAACAUUUAAAUUAUUUUUUUGGUAUUUGUGUUGGUUGUGAUGUUAACAAUAUUGCUGGGCAGCCCACUGUGGAAUGGUUAAAGUCAGUCAGGCAUGAGAAUGGACUGUUGGCUAUCUGAUCCCCCUCAGAAUGGAUGAGCUGAUAGGCCAAGAGAGGAGAGACGAUCUCUUGAAAACACAAAGAAGGAUAAGCAUAUAAGUUGAGCAAUGACCACUGAGUUAAAAGAUGCUUCUCUUGUCUCUCCCAUCAACACUAUGCAAUAUACUGUAGAUGGAGAGAUAAAUGCACUGAAAUAAAAACACCGGACUAUUUGAGGCCACCUUGAAUGCUGUUAGAAUUUCCUUCCUCGUCUUCUUGAAGUAAUCCCCGAUGUCGAUGUACUAAUGCUUGUUUUGCUCCAAAUGUUUGUGCUUAAACAAAAGCUAAAUGGAGACCACUGUAAUUGUGUGCCAAAAUAAUCAGCAAGCAACAGAGGCAAGAGUAUAAAAGGGAAGGAUUUGUUUAAAAGUAUUCUUGGGCCUAUCUAACUUAUCUAACUUCCACUACUACUACUACUGCUGCUGCUGCUGCAAGCCAGUACCACUUAAACAGCUGUACUUGACUAUCAUCAACUGCUUUAUAUCUUAAAUGUAUCAAAAGAAGAACAAUCUUGUACAAGGACAAUCUCCAAUGAUGCAGAAAUACUAUCUUUUGUAAGACUUCAGGGUUAGAUUAUAUCUGAAGAGAAUGACAAUAAACAUACAUAUAAAAGCACAAACCAAUAUGAAUCUAUCUUUUUAAAGACUUGGAUGAGCAAAAAAAAAAAAAACCUUUGGAACCUUUUAUGUGUAAAUAUUUUAUCAAAUAGCCGGGGUGGUGUUUUAGCCAGAAUUUUAUUUGACAAGUUCCUAUUUUACAAGGUUACCAUGCUAUUUAAUAAGUUUGGCCAACCUAGCAAUAGGCAGUGUACAAUCCAUGGUUGUUGUGAUAAAUGUCAUGUGCAUAUUUAAAAAUGUGGGUGGGGAUGAAUUAACUGCCGUACAAGGAGCCAACACAAUAGCUUGGGGCCAUUUAUUUAGUACCCAGUGCAUAUAGACGACUGACUUAGAGAUCGUAGUCACAGUUAAACACAAGUGGAAGGGAUACUUGACAUUGUUUAGGAAAAUCAGUUUCCAGGCCUGUUAGGGUUGAUAAAACAGUGAGUUUAAAUGUGGGUUGUUCAUUUUAGGAUGUGAAUAAAAUGGGAUCUUAAAUUGGUCAAGCCUCAGGUCUAGGAGUGAUGAUCAGAUGCUAGAUUUGCUUUUUAUGUAUUAUAUUCAGGCUUUUAAGGACUACUUGGCACACACAAUAUGAAAUUUAGGGGAGAUUUUAUUAUCAAUGAUUAUAAAUUAUGAUAAGCACUUCUACACAGCUUGGUAAAUAUGAUUAGGCUAUUUGUAACUUGUUUAUCAAUAUGUGAUUAUUGAAAAUGGUAAUAGGUUUGUUCUACUUGUUUCUUCCUCUACACUUGUAGGGUUGAGAUGUGAAGUGUAGGGGUGGGGCGCUAAGGCAUGGAGCUAAGGGGCUGCAUUUCUAUUGUCUUUACACUCAAAUGUUUCUCCACCUUUUUCAAGCAUUUUUUAGUCAGAGAAUUGUAGGCAAUCUGAAUAGCACCACCUUUUUUUGAAGAUUCAUCCAAGUCUACCAUAUGUUUGGUAACAUGCAACCCCUAACUGUGUAAGACCAAUUCACUGAAACAUGUGGGCGACCCUUUAAAUUGAAUAAGUAUCCGGUAUGAAGCUACAGUUCAGACUAUGCCGUUACAUCUAAGCUACUUACUCAAAAAAAGUGACUCCACUGUUUUAGAUCAGAUUUCUCAAUCACACUAACAGGGAAACCAGGAGUGUGUAAUUGUGCCGUCAAAACAAAGUUAGUUAGCGUUUUACAUUAUAAUAAGUCACUCCUAAUAGACCUGUACUUUGACACAAUUAGUACAGUUGAAUCAGCUUGCAGCAAAUAUGUACAUGGUGUUUAGAGCUUGGGGCCAAAUAUGAAUAUGGAAUUUUAAAAAUACAAUAUUGUCAUGAACUGCCUUGAACAUGCUGUAACCUGUGAUGUGACACCACAUAACCAGUCUUGUCUGUUUACCCAAUUACCGCCUUAAACUUUACAGUCACCUAUUACGCUUAAGAAAAAAAGCACAAUGGUGGUGCGUUUGCUGUCACAACUGUGAGAAAAAUAUAAUGGCUAACGCUGGAAAAGCCAUUUCAGAAAAAGAAAGUCAUGUUAAGGUUUUGACUUGAAACAUUUGUGGCAUUGAACACACCCCAGAGGAAAAAACCUGUCUGUGCACCUGGCGUUUUACAACCAUCCGUGAUAUUACUUGAAUCUGGAGAUGUGUGUGGAGAAAAUGUAAUUCUAAUAAAUUCUUUUUUUUCUUGUUGGAUUCCUUUUUAAUUUUUUUAAAUGACUUUUGUAAAUUGUCUCUACAGCUGUGAAACUUCUGGUAUAUGCUGUGCUGAAUAAAUACUUUUAAGAGUGGUUUUGAA